GAAAGAAAAAAAAAAGAGAAAAGAACUCAGUGUUUGGUUUGACCCACAUCCACGCACUUACCGGAUUCUGAAUUUACGCGGCAUUUAAUUUUCCUUCUAAUAACAUUAUUUUUUUUCUUAUAUUCUAAUUCACCCCCUUCUUCGAGGAAAUCUGACUCUCAGUUCGAUUGCUUGUCAAAGAAUUGGAUUCAGUUCCUUGUUGAAGGAGGGGAAAUCUGAUAUGCAGAGCCAGCUUGUCUGUAGUGGGUGUAGGAGCAUUCUUCUUUAUCCUAGAGGGGCUACAAAUGUCUGCUGCGCAUUAUGCACUACAAUUACCCAAUCCCCUCCCCCUGGGUUGAUUGUCUGCCAACUAGAAUGGGAUGGAAAUGGCUUGACUCAUAUGUGGAGAUUGUCGAACAUUGCUAAUGUACACACGUGGAGCAACAAGUAUGGGGAGGUUUUCACUUCCCGUAAACAGACCUAUUGGGUUAACUGCAGCAGGGACUAUGCCAUCUACUUCAACAAGCCAAUCAGUUGUAGUUGAGAACCCUAUGUCUGUUGAUGAGAGUGGCAAAUUGGUGAGCAAUGUCAUGGUUGGUGUAACAACCGGCAAAAGUUGAUCCAAUGAGAUCUUUUAGUUUGGCUGGUCUUUGUUUGAGGAGAAUGUAAACAAACAUUGGUUAUAAUUGCCAGAAAAUUGGUUUUGUACGUUAUGAUGAAAAUGGAAAUUCCAUUAGCACUAACAUUUAAUGAAUUGUUUCUGUGUCCAUGUCCAUGAUGAGGUAGGGAAAAUGUGUGAUGUACAUUUUGUGUCUUAGAAAGAUGGAAAUUGUCAUUUAUAUGAUUUGAGAAAGUGAAAUAAUGUUUGCUCCAUUUGCAGUUUAGCUUAGUGAAUAUGUUUAUCUCCUAACAUAUUUUCUCUGCUUCUAUUCAACCUCUCUUCCCUUAACUAUAUGCCUUUUUAUGUAUAUAUAUAUGUUGGCGAGUUUGUCUCACUUGAAGUUGCACUUUAAGGUAAAUCUGAGAUUUCUAUUAUAAAAACAAGAAGAAAGGCUUAAACCAUAUUCAAGUAUAGGAGCAAAUUAAAGAAUAAGGCUAAAGUAUUGGUUUCCGAUAAAGUUAUUUUUUUUAAAUUGUGAUUGGUUAAUUGUAAUACAACGAUUGUAGGUGAUAUAUUAUUGAAU